GCGGGGCACGCGCCGGGCCGCCCCCCACCUCUGCGCUCUGAGGGGCUGCAGGCUGAGCGGGCGCUGAGGGAAAAGCUCGUGGCGUCCGGCUCCCGUCCAGGCGCCUCGAGUCGCUCCCUGGCUGUCUCCCCUCGUAUGUGUCCGUUCCUAACGGCACGCUCGCAGCCACCCAAUCUCUAAAGCAGCUUCUUCCUUUCUCCUCUAGUUUCCACUCUCAUUCCCUCUCUCCAGCCCUAUCGGUGCCCCCUCGCUCCUACAUCUUCGCUCUAGAAAGGUGUUAGGAGCUGCUCAGUGGCAUGCAAACCCUACGUAUCGCUGUUACUCCAAUCCCUGUUUUCUAUUUCUCAGCUUUUUCAGCCCUAGGUCCUGCGGAGCAGAUCUAUCUAUCCUCAUCUACGAUGAGAAUUCCAUGAGCUUGUUCCAAGAUCAGUCUCUAGGGCGUUGCUGUCUGUGCAAUUAGCUCUACUAAAUACCACAGCAAGUUAAGAAUAUUUCUGAGCACUGCAGUAUGUGUCAAACGCUAAGGAUCGGAACCUCAAAAUAAAUAGUUCAACUUGCAAAAGCCUCCCCUUGAAGUUCCCCAUACGGUGCCUGCUUUAUAUCCCAGUUCUUGGCCUCCCAAAGCUGGUGGUGCCGUUUCAUUCCCCGUGCCAUCCAAGCACAUGGGUUCCAUCCUCUCUUAUCGCUUAUUGUAAAAACUAUGUAGCCCUUCCCAAACUAAAUCUUAAGUAGAAAAUCACGCAUGAGAACUUUAUAGACCAUUAAUAAUUAGCAAUGAAAGGGAAGAAAAAUUACAAAGAGCUAAUUAUGGCCACAGUGGAUAACGAGGAAAACAAGCUUUUGUUAUGGCUCACUUUCUCCCCAAAAACAAGACAGACAAGCAGGCCAAGGAAGAGAUCACAGAGGGAAGUCACUGCUUCUUUCAGCAGGAGGAGGAGAUGAGGGCCUUGAAAUGUGAACAAAUCAGCAGGAAAAAUCAACAGCUGGCCCAACUCAGACAUAACCCAGACACUUUUUUUCUUCUGCGCUUCUGUCUGAUCGAUUGAUGACAUGAAAACAAAAUAGGAAAACCCUUUAAACAUAAACAGAUCCAUCUCUUGCAGAUAGAAGUGCCUCCUCUGAUACUGCAGGCAGACCUAACUUCAUUUGUCCUGCUGUGCUCCUGCGCACUGCCCACUGCCAACCACCAUGAAUGUGAUUCCACAAACCUCAUGUAUUUGCCCCAAAUCCUUUCAGAGUUCAGUCCCUGCACUCAGAGGGCUGCACAUCCAUAUGCCUACACUCUUACCACCAGGCUCUGGCAAUGCACGAAUUUCUAGGCAGCCAAACACCACCUUCUCCUGGCCAUCACGCAGCUCUUCAUAUCCCAGUUCUCCCAAGUCAGCCUGGUUACUCCGACCUGACCUCUCCAAUUCCCAUAGGACUCAUGCUUUCCUCCAUCGCUGCACCACAUCACUUGCUACACAUGUUUGUAUGAAAUCUGUGCCUUUAAGUUGUUUAGUUUGAUAUUUUAGUUAUUAGAAUAUUAGAAAUUAGGAAAAAUUGAUUGUUAUCAGGCAUUCGUUAUUCCAGCAGUAAGCACUCUACCGGGAUCCACAAGAGGGCAUCACUGGUUAAGAGAUCAGAAAACGGGAAUUAGCAGAGUACCUUUCAGCACAGAGCUUCCUACGUUACAGCAUGUGCUCGGUAAGAGCUGAUAUAAAAUACACCACUAAUGAAACCCUUACAGAAUCUUUCAUCACUAAAGAAAUAUAUUUCUGCGAUUCUGUUUGAUGGGUCCAAAUUUCUAAGACUGAAAAGGAAUACUGAAGUUUUGGAAAAGAGCUUCAUGGACAAUAGAACAAUAGUAAGUCUUUCAAGUUAUAAUGUCACUUUAAUAUAAGAUAUUAAAUAAUAAAACUCAUACCCUUUAAUUUGUUUCAAUCACUUUAAUAUCAUUUUUAUCAGUGUUGCUGGCUUCCAUAGCCAAAAGGUGUUGUUCAUUCCUUAUUAAAAACAAUUUAAGCACAUCCAUGGGAUAUCUUAUGAACUUCAUUAUACCUGUUUUUAUGAGUGUAACACAGACCUCUAGAUAGAGGUCUAGUUUCACCUUCCAGCAGACAGAACACAUUUUGAUGCCCACAGGAUUCUGUCAUGCAGACUGUUGGAGCAGUGAGUUCUGACUGACAUUAUGCUCUUUGGAGACUACAAUAACAUCAUUUUCAUAUAUCCUGGCUAUAUACAGACCUCAUUCUUCUAAAUGUGCAUACGCAGAAAUGGUCUGGAAUUGAGGGGACUCAACUGUAAUUUCCCAGAUCACCUGGAGAUCUACACACAUUUAGGCAACGGCUUUUAGACUACUCAAGUCAGAGAGAGACUGUAAGACUUUUAGAAGCUUCUCUCCCACUAAAUCAGCACUCCAGGCACACUGCAACUUUGCAGUUCAUAGGAAGAAAUUUUAGAUCAAACACGCAGCAGCAACAGAAACUUCCCCAUCCUGGCCCUUUGAUUAAACUAGAACUGUGAAGAACUUCAUAAAAGAGAUACAACCUUCCUUGAUAGAAUUAUUGCUUGACUUUUUUUUUUUUUUUUUUUUUAAACAAGAUAUUUGUCUUUCAUCCUGUUCUGCUCUUUGUACCUUAAUCUGCAGAAACAUUAAGACUGUGAUCUUUCUUCUGAGACUGUCAUGAAUUACCACUGGAUGCAAUGGGGCUUCCAUGGAAGAAGACUGAUUAAAAUGCACUGCAGGAAACUAAAGAAGUCUUUUGCCUAUCUAAAGUUUGAACAGGACACUCCCUGGGAUAGAAGUUUCUGCUCCAUGCAAAUUCAGAUGAGGAAUAAAACACUUUACCCCUCUGCUUUAGUUACUUAAUGCAGAACAAGAUAAAAAGGUAACUACAGAAUAACCCACAAGAACGGUUUAUUCAGCAAGUACUAUCAAAAGCUCACCUUCCUGAACAAAAUUUUCCCUGAGCACUUUGUAAGGGAACAGUGCUGAAAGAAAGGAACUCAUCUUUGUGAAGGGUAAAGGGGAAAGUCAUCAGAUCAUGGUAAUUGGAUCCUCUUUUUUGGACUUACAUUACUAUUUUUCUUUAACUACUGCCCUCUCCUCUCCUGUCUGAAGCUGUUUCUCCCCUUUCAUCUUUCCACUCUUCUGUCAGAAUUGAUGAUUUCCUUUCUUCUCUUUCCUAAAAGUUUAUGUAAGAGCUGGUCAUAACUUGGAGUGAUGGGAUGAAAAUACAUCAGGGAGAUACAGUCUGAAAAGUUACAAAAAACGCAUCAAGGAUCAAAGAGUCUCUAGCAAUGCUGAGACAGAUGUGAAAGGGUAGAUUAUUUACUAGAUUUUGGACUAAGAUAGACCAGCAUCGUAAGUUUUGCAUAAGGAAGAACAAGCCUGGAGCCAACCACAAUUUUGGUCAUGUUCAGAUCUUCAGACCUGCAACCCUUUCUUUAUGUGCUUCAUGUUUAACUUAAAAUACCAGAUUUCUUUUUUCUAUGAUCUAUUUGUGGGCCACAUCUAUUUCUUGCUCCACAGAACCUCCACUGGCUACUUUUUUUGUCUUUCUUUUGCAUGACUGAUGUUUAGCUUUGUUUGAAAACAGCAGGGGCAGCUAUGCUAUGAAGCUCAAUAUGUACCUGCCUGAAAUCAGCUCUAAGAUAUCUAUCCAUGCUAUUAAAGAAAUUUUAAAAUGAGGAGGUGUAUAAGAAGUAAGGCUUUGAGGAUCCAAAAUAGCAAUCUGGAAUUCGUACCUUUAAUUCAGAAAAUCUAAAUUGUUGUUACAGCUCAAAACAUGGAGGAAAAUAGAAACAGGCUUUGAUGAAAAAAGAUUCUUUUGAUUACUUAAGUAUUUCUUAAUUAAUAAUUAGGACAGUAAAAACAUUCAUGGCAUGAGAACGGCAGGGUUUGGUGCUCACAGUGUUGUUAUAAAAAGAUUGUAGAUCGGGAACAAGCAAAUGUGUGUGCUAGUCCAAUAAUUCAGUCUUUGGCAGAGAUCACUCCUGGAAAACAUCAACUGGAGGAGUUCUGAAAAGCUACAAAGAAUUCAAUCAGCAUUUGGAAACGGGAAGCUAUUAUAAAAUUUAAAUUAAUGCAAUCACAUUCCUAUUUCAAUUACUCAUAUGUCUUAUCUCUUUUUCAGUAAGAAAAGAGAAAAGUGACUUGGCUGACCCAAACAAUAAAGAUGCUAACCUUUCAGCCAGAGAGUGCAUCAACCUCCAUCUCAGCUGUAUGCCAACUGAAGAAGGUCCAGAAAUUAGAUGAAAGUUCAUGGCACGAUACAAUUUUUAAAAUGAACAUGCUAUAAGUAACUCAUUUAAAGAUAAAGUAGAUUUUAAAAUGGUUGACUUUUCAUUCUAGGAAUGACCUAAGUGAGAGGUAAGGACCGGAACAAGCAAUCAAGGAUAUUGCUAAGCUAUUCUUUAGAACUAUGCAAUAAAAGGGAGUGAAACCUAAAUGCCACAUAGAUGUGAGUGAAUUUUUGUGACAAUUUUGCUCCAAUUAGGAAAAACAACUCAUAUUAAGGAUCAGUGUCUGAACUGAUAGAUACACAUCAAUCCUUCUUUAUCUGUAUGAGUUUUGGAGAAAAGUUUACAGUGCACUUUUGGUUGAUUAUCAGACAUUGCUUUUUUGGUCAAAUCAUAACCUAUUUGCUGAGGAGAUGCUAUUCAGGGUUUGAUAUCUCCAUGAAGUAGGAAACCAUGAAAGGACUGCGUUUUUCCAUCAUAGCACACUGUCUUACUCUUUGCAACAAGACCUGGCACAUCUGCCACUAACGCAAGACAGGAAGAGUUCCCGUUAUGUUUAUUUCUCUGCACCCCUUUGCAGUGCUACAAAGACUAAUGCUUAUUAGCAAGAAAUAUUCCACAUCUUUCAGAGUUAUUACAGGUCACUGGAGCAGCUCUUAGCCAAACUCAUACUAAGAACUCCUCAACAACAGGCUGUUACUGACACUAUGCAUGUUAUUACAAACUCAAAGGUAGAAAUACUUAUUAUGGAUUCUAAUCUUUCACUCUCCUCGUGGUCUGUAUGCCAUAGCAAUUGCAAUGCCUUCACUCUAACCAAGAUGAGACUACACUGCAUAUACAUGAGCCCCUGCUGAGCUAUGGGCUGGCAGCUUCAGAUGACAGUGCCCUGUGCUCUGUGCCUGUAAGAGUUAAAUGCUACUGGUUUAAAACUACCACAGGAACAUUUACCCAAGAUUGUGCCUCUGGCUACAGUAUAACCAGCAUCUUGGCAAAGAUGUUCUAACUGGAAUUAUUACUCCAAUAAUACUAUGUAAUUGGAAUAAUUCUGAUAGGUGGUUAUCAGUGUAAUGACUCACAUUCAGUAUAAUGAGACUCAGUACUCUAUUAUUUUAGAGGUUUUUUUGUUCGUUUGUUUUGCAAACUGUUAUUGAAAACCCCAAUAAAACUCCUAAAAUCACACUGAAAAUCCUACCAGAUUCUUGAAGCACUGAAAACCCAAAGGUAGAGAAACCAAACUUACACCUGACAGUGUCCUUACCUACCAGUCACAGUCUUAACCACAAUGCAUUCCCAGUACUUUGUUAUCAAGUUACACACUCACUCAAUUUACACUCACUACCUGCAAUCCUGCCUUCCAGUUAGCUACUGAUGUCGACUGAUAACGACUAUUUUCACGUCAUUUUUAUUGAGCAAUUUAGAAAUAUCAUGACCACUUAUAUAAAGUAAAUACAAUUCUGCUUAUCCAUUAACCUUGUUUGCAAAUAGACACUACAGCAUUUGGGUGAAAACAAUACACCUUGGGCCCUUCGUACCCAGCUGUAGAUUCUGCUCAGUGUAUGCACCUCUGACGUCAAGCAUCAGCAACCCAGAGCAGCUACACCCAUGAGCCUCUGAUGUCCAAUCAUAUCUAAUUCACAACAGGUUACAACAAAUUCAGCCCACAGAAGGUAGCUAACAGACAUGACUGUAUAAUAAAUGGGAUCACAUGUUAAACGCUUCAGCCCUUCUACAGAUGGAGGACUGCAUACAGUAUUAGAAACAGAUGCCUAUGUCGAUAUGCAAUCUGACCUUUGAUUAAAAUUUAUAAAUACAAUCAGGACAUCUUUUAAUUUUACUGGCUUAUUUCAUUUAUAAACAAAUAACGCAUUUUUAUGGCUUGUUCUGGCACACGUCCAACACAUUCCAUUUUUAGGUCUUGAUUCAUUUCCUGGGUUAUACCACAACCAGAGGCAGAAAUUGUAAAGCACUUUGGAAAAGCUGUAUUUUGCAAUGUUUUUGACAUAACCAAAAUCAGCAAGAGCUAGAAAUGUUCUAGGAAAGUAUACUCACACUGCACACUCACAGCAGUUUGCCUAAAAUUUCAGAAUUCAAAAAGCACUCUUGGAAUAAAAAGCAAUGGGCUGAAGUGAAGAGAAGGAAAUUUCAGGGCAGGGUUUUAAGUGAAUCUUCCUAACAGUAUAUGAGGCACUGGAACGCAUAACCUAGGGUCACCACAGAUGUUCACAAGACAGGUUAGGCAAAUACAUCACAAAUAGAAACAAAGUACUAGGAACAGAAGAUUGAUCAGGCUGACCCGAGAGGCCCCCUCCAGCUCUCUUUUCUACAAUCAUAGCAGUAUGACAACUAACAAUAUUUUCUGAUACUGAGUUCCAACCUGAACUUAGCACAAUAUCAAUCUUGCUUAUCCCCAAAUCCUGCUGCUUCCAGAACACUCUCCAAAAAGCAGAAGCAGUAUGACAGACUCCAGCAUCUUCAAAUGUUUCGUCUGCAAGUUUCCACUUCUCUAAUUUAAGAGGGAAUCCUCAACUUGUAUUCAUGAAUCUGUCCCCACAGAAAUAAAUGCUGACUCCUGAUCACUUCUACUGCCUCUGUUGUUCCUAAUUCUGGAAAGCCACUGGACAGUUCAGUAUGAGAGACCAGGACUGGGGGCUAAAGGGAGCCAGGUAGGAACUAAGAAGUUCAAAAAGCAGUCUACCAAAUACCACGUCCUGAGAAGGACAAGCCCAUUUCCUGUUCCACAAAUAUCCACUCUAAAUAUUUAACAGGCAACUGCUGAAUGCUAAUAUAUUAAAAAAUAAAGUGAUCAUGGACUUCUAUUGGAAAAAAAGCAGUAGUAAUAAGAAGUGUAGUAAUAAUAAAUCCCCUUUUCAGUAUACGCUGGUAUAAUGUGUCGUGCUUUACUUCUCAUGAAGAUUAUUAGAACUCUGGUGUAAAAUUUAAAAUAGCACUUUAUAGUGGAAAACAUGAUGAAUUUAAUUGCAACAGAGCAAAUGAUACACUUAAUAGGACAUUGAUAUCUCCUCUCAGUUAAAAAAGCAAGAAACCAUCUGCAAAUGUUUAUGUAUGAAAUCCAGCAUAGGGAAAACAUUUGCAGUGCAGAACAAAUAAGAUAAUUGAAAACGAAAUCGCAAGAUAAGGUGUUUGGGCGGAGGGAAGCAACGCAGUGAGGAAAAGCCAUCCCCAUGACUACUGGUCCUUUCUCCUCCCUGCUCACUGCCUCUUCUUGGAUUCCAGAGCGUGCUUUAUUCCUCAGCAGCCUUUCUGCAGACUGGCGGAUUUGAUCACAGUUGGAAAUUGUGAAACUGUGCUUUGUUUCAGAAAGAGAAGAGAGUUUAAGUACAGCUCUAGCAGCAGAUGGCUCUGCUUUGGAAUCUUUUAUACACAAAGGAGAUGUGUUUGCUGGCUUUGUAAUCAACUCAAAAAGGGAAAAGAAAUUUUGUUAACAACAGAGUGGAUACAUCUCGAAUUUUUCAUCAGGUAAGAAGUCAGAGAAUCUAUGAACCUGAGUGAAAAGCUACCAGGAUAUGUCUCCUAAAGGAUAAUUGUAUUCUGUACAUCCUAUAUUUAAAAUUAGAUGGAAAGUUUCAUUCAGAUCACAAUACUUUGGAAUUUAAUGGACAGAUGAUGUUUGCAACCAAAAUAUUAACUAGCCAUUUUGAGGGGGUGGAACUAUGCAUUUUAGGUAAGAAAAUACUUAGAAAGUCUUUUAAAAACUUCUUUUAGUUUAGACUAUGCUUUAAUUUUUUCAUUUCAUAUGUUUCAGUAAUGUUUCUGCAUCUAGAGGAAUGAAAGAAUCAGGCUAUGUGGAUUAUCAAUUCUUACAGUGAACUCUCACUGUCUACGGGAGAGAAUCUUUUCUGAAAUGCAUGGAUUAGGGGUUGAAGUAAGCGACAGACAUGAGUUCUCUCACUGAACGCUGCAAUCCUGUUCUGACAUCAGCUGGAAUUGCAGUUCAAGGAUUCUUAUUCCGCUAAUAUUAUCAGUUUAAAAAAAUACCAGUAUGUAUUACAAUACAGUUCAACAUGCUGCAGUGAGUUCAGGUGUAACUUAUUUUUCUAUGAGUAUUCCAAAUGUUUAAACAAGACAGGUAUAAGUGUUUCAUUGUCAAGGAACUGUUUAAAUUGCCUUUCAGAAUGACAUGCACUAAAGUGAGCACUUUUUAACUCAGAAUAUGCAGCAAACAGUGAAAAGAAAUUGAUCUUUUUUUUUCUUUUUUUUGAGUGAAGAAUGACAACGUGGAUGAUGAGCGUGCUUAAAGCUAGUGUACUGAGAGAGCUGCCCAGAGGGCCAGCAUGGGGAUUUAUCCUUAAUGGCAGGCAUUGCCAAGGGGACCCCCAUGUCCACAAUGAAUUACUGGGAGAGGACACACAACCCUCACUACCAAACUCUUUUGCAGUCAUGGAUAAGUAAGUGAGAGGAGCAAAAUAUACAUAAAAUAUUACAAGCAUGGCUCAGCCUCAUGACCUCCUAGUCCCUGCAGUUUCUCCUGCUGACAUAAAUAGCAGGAAAGAACAGAGCUUUCUUUCAGGGUAUCUCUUUCAAAGCCAGAGCACCCUGCUAACACCUCAUCUUUUCCUAAACAGCAGCUCUCAGGCUAGCCAGGUGAAUACUGCAGGCAGUGCAAAGAGGAACAUCACCACUGGGACGAAGCAGCCAGGCACUGGACUCUUACACAUCUGGAAGUGACAGCAAAGCUCAUCAGGGCAACAGGCUCCUUGUCCUUCCAUGCAUUCUUCUUAUGCUAAAUCCAGCCAGGCAAUUAGUGCUAUUCUAGGGAGAAGCAGUUCGCAGUGCAUUCAAGGAAAUAUGUUACUGCUGUAAUGCCUAACGGCCUGAUGACCAAAGCACAUCACCUAUUUGUGCUAGCUUCAGAAUCCCUUCACUUUUGCCUGAACUCAAUAAGAGGAGUUUUUCCAAGUCAGUGCACACCAAUUAGGGCUCACAAAGCUAUGGUAUUUAUUACUAGGGAUGACAACUGACCUUCUUCCAGCAAGUUUUCCAAUAAUUCCUACUUCAAGAAGGGAUUACGGUUGGAAACAGUCCUUUUCUGGCUAGAAAGCUGGUGAGCCUUUGAUUUCAGAUUAACUUUUUAACUCAGUGAUAAAUUCAGACCCACCAAGAUUUCCUGCUGAAGCUAAUUCUUCCCAUUACUAUUAUUUCAUAGCAGCAGAAUUGUAUUGAAUCACAUUCUUUGCCUGACACCUGCUAGAACUGAAAAAAUAGUCCACUCUGUAUCUCUGGAGUACAUGUUAUAUUUAAUCACAGAAAAUGUUGGGGGUAUCAUUUGACAGCCUUGUACAACAGUGAACAGAGUGUAGGGAAAUGAAAAACAAUCUCUGGCAACUACAGAUAGGAAACAGUCAGGUGUGUAACCAAGAUGUGAUCAUAGUUAACACUUUUGCGUAGUUAACACUUUUCUCAAAUUGGAUUGAGGAAAAAGGACAUACUAUCUCUAACACGCAAGCAAAACAAGGUACUCCCUUAAAGAUGUCAUUCAUGAAGGUGUUGAAUAGCACUUAAGCUCAAGGCGCAUCAUUCUGGAUUAAACCAGAGGGAUUUGGUGAAUUAGUUCACACUGCUUUGUAGUUUUAGAGAAAAUAUGAUGUCUAAACUAGCAAUGCAAUGGCAGGAUCCAAUUCUUCAUUUUUCUGAUAACAAAAAAGCAACAGACUGCUCUCACUGGAAUUCUCAAACCUUGCUAAAUCUUUGGCUGAGAUAGAUCUUAAAAUGUUUAAUUUUGAAAAGCAACACUUAUCUACUGUUAGUAGAACAGGAUUUGUAUGAAAACGUUCAUGCAGUGUUAAACAGAGCUGUCAGUGUUAUUUCUCAAACAUCACAGUCAUAGCUCUCUAACAGUCAGUACAGAGCCUUAGAAAAAGGAGGAUCAGCCUCCACCCACCUUUCUGUACAAAGCCACUAAUACGACGCCAUUUGCUUUUCUUUUCAGAACUCAUCAGUGCAGUAAGUAAUUACAUCAGACUUGCUUUAAACUUCAAGGACACCAAAUACAAAGAUUUAAUCUUUGUAUUUAAAGAUUUAAUUGCCACCUUGCGAAGCUCCAAGAAAAACAUCUUCUAAGUACUAAGGGGAUGGACAUAUUCACAGAUGCAAAACCUUCCUAGCUAGGUAGUCUGGGAAAUGCUUCACAAUGGAUAAAGCCAUUCAGCAUCCUUCAGAGAUUUUCCCUAAUCAAACUAUCCCAAACAGCAGCUAUUCUCAGUUUUUGAACUUUGAUACAUGCCAACCUUCCUUCCCUGCAGUAUUCUUGCUUAUUACAGCCUACAUAUUAGUUACAAUGGUGGGGCUUUUUGGAAACCUUUGCCUGAUUGUUAUAAUAAAGAAACAGAAAGAAGCUCAAAAUGUUACAAACAUUCUGAUUGCCAACCUCUCCUUAUCAGAUGUAUUGAUUUGUAUCAUGUGUAUUCCUGUCACAGCUGCAUACACUUUAAUGGAUUACUGGAUAUUUGGGGAAGCUAUGUGUAAAAUAAGCUCUUUCAUACAAAGUAUAUCUGUCACAGUCUCCAUUUUCUCACUUGUACUGAUUGCUAUUGAGAGAUACCAGUUAAUUGUAAAUCCUCGUGGCUGGAAGCCUAAUACCUCACAUGCUUACUGGGGAAUUAUUUUCAUUUGGGUUUUUUCACUCAUGAUAUCCAUUCCUUUUUUAAUAUUUCACCAAUUAACUGAUGAACCCUUCAAGCACCUGUCCUUCCACAGCGAUUUCUACAAGAACAAAGUGGUGUGCAUCGAGGCCUGGCCUUCCAUUACAGAACGUCUGAUUUUCACCACCAGUCUGCUGCUUCUCCAGUACUGCUUCCCACUGGGGUUUAUUCUUAUCUGCUAUCUCAAGAUAUUUGUAUGCCUCCGGCGGAGACACAGUAAAAUAGAUAGGAUGAGAGAGAAUGAGAGCAGGUUGAGUGAAAACAAAAGGAUUAAUCUGAUGUUGAUAUCAAUUGUUGCGACCUUUGCAGCUUGCUGGUUGCCCCUCAAUAUAUUCAAUGUUGUUUUUGACUGGAACCACGAGGCACUGAUGAGCUGUAAUCAUAACCUAGCAUUUACACUGUGCCACCUUGUGGCCAUGACCUCAACAUGUAUCAAUCCCAUCUUUUAUGGAUUUCUCAACAAGAAUUUUCAGAAGGAUUUGAUAGGGCUGGUUUAUCACUGCAGAUGUUCAGCAUCACAAGAGGAGUAUGAAAACAUUGCCCUUUCAAAUCUGCAAACUGAUGUAUCUAAGGGAUCUCUGAAAUCAAAUAAUCACCCUCCUGAGAAUGCCUAAAAUAACCCAGAAGCAUCUUCUAACAUUUUGUAUCUUGCUGCAGAUGACCUUCUGUAGCUCUUCAUCCUGGUACCUCCUCAUCUAACUGAAGUUAGAAGUGGUCUGUACUAUUUAAUUCAGCACAAACAGAAUCAUGUUCCCAAAGGCGUACUGCUAACAAGUGCUUUAUGAUGGUAUUAAUGCCAAUAAACCAUUUCCAAGAGACUUAAAGAACAAUAACAAUGAAUAUCAACAGUAUUAACAUCUUAUUUUUUAAUCCACAAUUUCCAGGUCACUGUAGAAGUAUUUCCAUUGAUGCAGCUGUCCUUCCUACACACCUGGCUUUGCCCAAGUAAGCCAUGAGUACUGAGAUCUCCUCAACUUCAGUCUUUUUACAAACUGAUUUUUGUCUUUUUAAUUUUUCAGCCCUGCACCAUUCCCAUCUCCAGUACAUUGUUACUUUGCACAACAAUUUAUAAGUAGUUUAUACUGUGAGGAAGGCCCCUCAAGUUACCCUGAGCCUUCAGUAGUACCUUCCUUUCAGCCCCAGCACAGAGUUUGCUUUCCUUUAAUACCAGUUCAUCCUACAAACUGUACUUUAACAUGAGAAAACGUUAGAGUUGAAAUUUCUUUUUUUUUUCCCUUUAUUUUAAAUGAGCACUAAACCAAGCCCCAUUUGCUGUGCUGCAAAUUUGCAUCAGACCUCCGCUGAUCAAGACAAAAUAUGUAUUUAGCGUUUCUCCUAAAAGCAUUGCAUUCUCCUCAAAACCACCAGUACAGAUCAUUGCUUUCUCUGUUACCAUCAUUGCUGGCCUCUACAACUGACCUUCUAGAAUCUCCAUUAUGAAACAGACAUGCUAUGAAUUCAAAGUAAAUUGGUUUUUAAUCCAGAUUAUGGGUUUCUCUUUUAAUAGAAAAAUAGCUUUCUGCUUUAAUUUCCCAAAUAUCUUUCCCAUAUCUCUGCAAUAGCAAGAGGUCACACCUGAGGCAUUUGCAGUUGUUUCUGUUUGACUAUGUUUGGAAAGAGCUUAUAGAAUCCUUACAGUUGGAAGGGUUGGAAGCUUCUUCUGUUCUGCAAUGUAUGGAAGCCUGAAGAUGUAGUAUUGAAUGCAGCUUCUCUCAAAUUAAAACAUAAUAAAACUCACUUUCCAGAGUGGUCAUAAAAAUUAAUGAAACCUAUUCCUCACCCAUGCAAUAGUGCCAACAUAAAAAUCAGCUAAAAUUCAGUUGUUUAAAUGAUACACUUUAGUACAACAACCCACUGUCCUAGAAGUCAACUUCCUUUCUCUUGUCCAAGCUAUAAGAAAAAUACUUAGUUGACAACUGCUUCCUGCUUCCCACUGAGCAAGAUCUCACUGAAACCUACCAGGGCCUGAUCCCAUUGAAGUCAUAAGAGCAGUGAUAGCUGCAAGAGUAACAAACUAUUGGCAUGGAAAUCAAGUAUAUGGGUGACAGGUAUGAAUUAGUUUUGGCAUAAUCUAGCACUUUUCUUCUAAUUAGAUCAAAUAUAAUGCACGUGAAGCAGAGCACAUAAACAGCUACAGCUCAAACAUCUGCUUUCUGCAUUACAGAAGGAAAAUCAGGAGAGAGCUAAAUGCCUAGUAGGGGCUAAUAAUCAGCUGUUGAGAGUAUCUUACUAUUAAUGGUUCCCAUUAAUUCCAACCUUCAGUCAGCUCAAUCACUGGGCUCCUUUCACUGCUGAUACACACCAUCUGCUUGCCCAGCACAACCAGCAUUGAACCAUGCAGAAAGCAAUAACCCAGACAGCAACAUUGAGACACUCCGUGCAGAAACAGAGGGGGCUGGUGUCUAUUUGCAGUGGGAUGUAGACUGAGGAUGUAGAAUCUGUUCUCUGCUGGGUAGGACUCCAAGGCAAUGAAAUGAUUAAUUAGCUCCAUUUCACCUGCUUAACUGAGAGCAAAUCUGAUUCAGGAAUUUCACUUUUUGUGGAGGUUCCAGUGCCCAUGCAGAAUGCCAUCUCAUCAUUUCAGGUCAUUCACAAGACAAAGGUCUGUAACAAGUUACAGCAGCACAGAUACUACAGGCUGGGUUACCUUCUCUGAGGCUGGAACACGUCUCUACCAUGGUCUUUUUCAGAGCUGAGCAUACCAAUAACAGGUCAGGGCUGCUGACUGAAGCGAUUCACAAGCACAUGACAUUUACAAUAUGCUCCACUUCUUGAGUAUUCAACACAAGAGUUAAGAAUGCUCUCUCUUCUCACUGUGGCACACAUCUCAGAUAGUAUUUAUGGUUUGCAUGAGGCCCAGCUCAGAUUCCCAAUUGCGACUUUGGACCAAGCGUCUCCCAUACCAGUAUUACUAUCUCAUAGCCAUGCCCAAGUGUGCUUAGUUUCACAGUACAGGUGUUUUCAGUGCUUCAAAUAAAGCCAUGGAAUGAACACUAGUCUAAAUUACAUGUUCAGAGGGCCAGCAGGUACUCCUGUGACCCUGAGAAGGCCAGGACUGAUGGAUGCUCCCCUGACUGCCCCUCUGUAAGUGCUUAGGCAGGUCAUAUUUCUGACAUUAAACAGUUAAAGAAAAAAAAGGUUGCUAUUGCUUUUUGUGACAUCAGCUGUCUAUUCCUAUCAUCUUGAUCAGGGUUAAGCAAUCCAUUUUUUCACUCCAAUUCUCAGAAUAAGAGGUCCUUCAUUACCAGGUGGAAGCUCUCUGAGCAGUGAGACUGCUUCAGACCAAUGCGAAUAAUAACACUUGUGCCUUGAUUUCUUUCUUGUUCUUCCUUACACUUUGAUUUGAUUCAAGUGCUGAUACUCCAUUUCAGUUCUGAGCUUUCAGUUAUCAAGUAUCUCUUAAUGCUGUGCUUACAAAAAUCACUGCUAACAGAACAGAGCACCAUCACCACCCUGAGGGCAUCACCCUCAGCGCUGAACCUUCUCUCACUACAUCCGCUGACUUUAUAUGCAGCCUGAUAUCUAGUUUCCAGACAAAUCAGUAGGAGGGAACUGACUUUAAUAGGAAUAGAAUCAGAUAACAGUAAUCAGAUAACAGCUUUGCUUACCAGAACGCUGUUAUUUGAUGUAACCUCAUGUCACACAGGGAGCAGACACACGGAAUCGCACCCAGGGAGGUAGCUAGUUCAGCUACCUGAACUCACAAACACCAUCCAAAUGUACAAAGAAAUUCUUGGCAGCAAGGUGGGAUUAAAUAAUGAAAAAUUGCAUCAGGACAUGCUUGGGUUGGUUCGGUCACAGACCAUAUCAAUAUACUUAUAAAGAACCAUGUAAAUUAAUAUAUCCUUACAUAUCUUUGUACUUUAUGGUUCAUUGGUUUAACUGUAAACACACGUAACUAAAGUUAGAUACUUGGAAAACAGCAUUUAUUGUGAGAAUGAUUCUGCAGAAUCAACUUGGUUGAUCAUUGAUUGUAAUUAUGUAUGUGUACAAAAGCAGUGCCACUGCUGUGCAUUAGUUAAAUAUUCUGAUUCCUCCUGUCUACUGACAACCAUCACCUGUAAAAUACUGUCACA